AUGUCGAGCAAACACGCAAACCACACAGCAGCCGACGAGACCAGCCCGCUCAUCAACGGCGGUGCCUCGUCGGCUCACGAUACCACCAGCCGUCGCAAUGGAAAUGGCAAUGGCCAUGCCACUCUCAGCCGAGACUCGAGCACUAUGACUUUCCUCUUCGACUCGAAGCAUACCCCUGGCAUCCACAACCAGAACAUUGCCAUCAGGAGCCUGGCUUAUUCGUGGCACAUCGCUAAGGUCACUCUUCUCAGCAACUAUGUCAACUUUCUUCUGGUCAUGGUGCCUCUUGGCAUCAUCGCUGGUAAGAUGGGUUGGAGUUCCACUGCCGUCUUCACCAUUAACUUUUUUGCCAUUAUCCCGCUCGCCGCUGUCCUCUCGUUUGCGACGGAAGAGUUCUCCCUAAAGCUCGGCGACACCCUGGGUGGCCUGCUGAAUGCUACUUUCGGAAACGCCGUUGAACUGAUUGUCAGCAUUGUUGCUCUCCAGCGAAACGAAAUCGAGCUUGUCCAGGCCUCAAUGCUUGGUAGCAUCCUCUCCAACCUUCUUCUUGUCAUGGGAAUGUGUUUCUUGUUUGGCGGCAUCGUUCAUCGAGGCGAGUCUGGCAACGGAAGAGAACAGGUCUUCUCCUCAGCCACUGCCCAAACAACUUGCUCUCUUAUGACUCUGUCCUCGGCCUCGCUUGUCAUUCCAGCUGCUCUAUAUGCUGUUUUGGAUCAGAGUGGCUCCAAGGAAAAGGCACAGAGCAUUCUCACCUUGUCCCGUGGUACCGCCAUCAUUCUGCUUUUGCUUUAUGUUCUUUAUCUCGUUUUUCAGCUCCGUACACACAGCAACCUGUUCGAUGCCGAGAACCCACAGGAAGAUGAGGAUGGCGAGCCGGAGGAGCCCACUAUUGGCCCUGUUGCUGCCAUCGCUGUUUUGGUCGUCACUACUGUCUUGGUCACUGUCUGUGCCGACUAUCUGGUUGACAGCAUUGACGAUCUUGUCACUACUUCGGGAAUCAGCCGUGGAUUUAUUGGUCUGAUCUUGAUUCCCAUUGUUGGAAACGCCGCCGAGCACGUUACAGCUGUUGUCGUUGCCGUCCGUGACAAGAUGGAUCUUGCUAUGGGCGUUGCCAUCGGUUCAUCCAUCCAGAUUGCUCUUUUGGUCACCCCCUUCCUCGUCAUUGUCGGCUGGAUCAUUGGAGCCGAGAUGACCCUUCACUUUGAAACCUUCCAAACUGUGGCAUUUGCUGUUUCUGUCCUUGUUGUGACUUAUACGGUCCAGGAUGGCAAGUCGAACUAUCUCGAGGGUGCUAUGCUUAUGGGUCUCUAUAUUAUCAUUGCCCUGGCCUUCUACGCCACCCCAACUGAUGUUAUGGACCCUAGCAACUAAGUGCUGGAUCCACACUCGGUGCCUCAACAUUUUACUAAUCGAGUAUUGUGUUUGCCCUUUCUAAAUACUGUGACUUAUUCUACCAAGUCACUUGAACUGGAUAUCCAGCCAAGCCACUGAAACUAGUGGCGUCGACGAUACGUUAAAACCGCAAUCGAAUAAUCGAGUUGACUUUUCAUAUUUGUAUUACUAAAGGGAUGCAGUCCGCUGGACUGGACUGCAAUUCUGGAAGUCUUAGGCUCACCAUGCCUUGGAAUGAAUCGGGAGGAAUGGAGAGUCUUAGUCGCAUACGCGCAUUUUCAUUGUGUCAAAAGAAAUGAGGAAGAGGAACAAGAUCUCGUCUUCUUGGGCCAACCUGGAAACCUACGCUUUUUUGUUUUGGAGCUUUCUUAUUUAUAUGAUUGGACUGUAAGGUCGGAGGAGGAAUGGCGAAAGCGCGAAAAGGUUGGCUAAAUACUAAAUCAAUGCUUUC